AUGGAGGAAUCAAAGUUAAGAAUUGCCAUCAUCAAUAAAGACAGAUGUAAACCAUAGCGUUGUGCUUUGGAAUGUAAGAAGAAUUGCCCAAUUAAUAAGAGUGAGAAAUUGUGUAUAGAGGUUACAAAGUAAAGCAAAACAUGCACAAUAAAUGAAUCAUUAUGCAUUGGAUGUGCCAUUUGUGUAAAGAAAUGUCCAUUCAAAGCAAUCAUGAUUAUCAAUUUACCCAAAGAUUUAUCUAAAGAAUUGACUCAUUAAUACGGAGCCAACUCAUUCAAAUUGCAUAGAUUACCAACACCUAGACCUGGAUAAGUUUUAGGAUUAGUUGGAACCAAUGGUAUUGGAAAGUCAACUGCAUUGUAAAUUCUAAGUGGAAAAGUGUAACCUAAUUUGGGUUUAUAUAAAGAGCCACCUACAGUAGAAUAGAUAUUGAAGUAUUUUAGAGGUAGUGAAUUACAGAGCUAUUUAUAAAAAGUGUUUGAGGGUAAGGUCAAGGCUGUAAUCAAACCAUAAUAUGUGGAUUCUAUUGGUAAGGCAGUCAAAGGGAAAGUUGGAGAUGUUAUUAAGAAUAAGGAUAAAUUGAAUAGAGCAGAUUAAUUGUUGAAGGAUUUAGAAUUGAAUCAUUUAUUGGAUAGAGAAAUAAGUAUGUUGUCAGGAGGUGAAUUGUAAAGAUUUGCAAUUUUGAUGGCUUGUAUUUCUGAAAGUGAUUGUUUGAUGCUUGAUGAACCAACAUCUUAUUUGGACAUCAAAUAAAGAGUAGUGGCAUCUAGAAUCAUUAGAAAUCAAGUGAGAGAUAACAAUUAUCUUAUUAUUGUUGAACAUGAUCUAUCCAUUUUAGAUUAUCUAUCCGAUUUUAUUUGUUGUCUUUAUGGUGAAUAAACAGCUUAUGGUAUAGUGACAAUGCCUUUUUCAGUUAGAGAAGGUAUCAAUAUAUUCUUGGCUGGAUUUGUACCAACUGAAAAUAUGAGAUUCAGAGACUAUGAAUUAAAUUUCAAGAUAUCAGAUAAUUUAGAAAUGUUGGAGAACCAAAAACAAAAGAAAAACUAUUAAUAUCCUGACAUGAAGAAAGUGUAAGGAGAAUUUUCAUUGUAAAUCAAAGCAGGAGGUUUCAAUAAUUCAGAAAUUGUUGUCUUAUUGGGAGAAAAUGGAACUGGAAAAACUACAUUCAUCAAGAUGUUGGCAGGAAAGGACAAAGAUGCUGUUGAUGUCCCCAGAUUGAGUGUCAGUUACAAACCAUAAAUGAUUGCACCAACAUUCGAUGGAACUAUAGUCAUAGAAAUCCUUAAUUCCAAAACUGAUGUGUAUAAGCCAUUGAGAAUUGAAGACUUGGAAGAUAAUGAGGUUAAGAAAUUGUCAGGAGGUGAAUUGUAAAGAGUCGCUUUGAUUCUUGCUUUAGGUAAACCAGCUGAGGUUUAUCUAUUGGAUGAACCCUCUGCCUAUUUAGAUGCAGAGUAAAGAGUUGCCACAUCUAAAUUGAUUAAAAGAUAUAUUAUGAAUACUAAAAGAGCAGGAUUUGUUGUUGAACAUGAUUUCAUUAUGGCAACUUAUUUGGCAGAUAAAGUCGUAGUCUAUGAGGGUGUUCCAGGCAAAGCUUGCGUUGCUAAUACACCUGAAGAUUUAUUGACAGGAAUGAACAAGUUCUUGAAUGUGCUUAAUAUUACAUUUAGAAGAGAUCCAACCAACUUUAGACCAAGAAUCAAUAAAAUGGAUUCUAUUUUGGAUAGAGAGUAGAAACAAAGUGGUAACUAUUUCUGUUUAGAUGAAUGAAAAUUCUUAUUAAAUUUACAUAAAUU